AUGAUCCACUCCAUCUCCCCUAGCCUCCUCACCUGGAAACGACAGAACCCGCCCAAAUCCCCUGGCUUCGACUGGGAAAUGUACCGCUACACCCCUUCUCUCGCGGGCGCUGUAAUCUGCAUCGUCGUCUUCGCAGCCAUGGCAACUCUCCACCUGUGUCGCUUCUUCAAGUCCAAAAACCGCAUCAUCAUCUUCCUCAUCAUCGGCGCUUUAUGUGAAGUAGGAGGCUAUAGCGCACGCAUUGCUUCGCACUUUGACAAUCAAGCCUGGGGUCCGUUUAUCACGCAGGGUGUGUUGUUGCUUGUGGGACCGCUGUGGUUCGCGGCGACGGUGUAUAUGAUGCUUGGUCGUACGAUUCGACUUGCGGGCGCGGAGAAGGUUGCGGGUGUGGAGGCGAGGUGGUAUACGAGGGGUUUCGUUACGGCAGAUGUUACGACAUUGGUUGUGCAAGGGUUGGGUGCUAGUAUCAUGGGUACGAUGCAACUUUCGCUCGCUAUAGCGGGUGAGAAGAUUGUUAUUGCGGGGCUUGCUUUGCAGGUUGCUACGUUUGUGGUUUUUCUCAUUGCAGCGGGGGAUUUUCACCUGCGGAUGAGGAGGCGUGUUGCUAUGGCUUCUGGACCUGUGACAGAUACGCCAUGGGAGAGGAUGCUGUAUAUUCUUUACAGUGUCAGUGCUCUCAUUCUCUUGCGCUGUGUGUUCAGGUUGGUCGAGUAUUCGAUGGGGAAUGCGGCAUAUCUCAUUGCGCAUGAGUGGACGCUGUAUUGUUUUGAUGCGGCACUGAUGUUUCUGGUACUUGUGUUAUUGCUAGUGUUUGAGCCUCCACGACAUGUUGCACAGGAUGGUGCUGGGAAGGUGCAAGUUCAGAUUGAUUGCGAGGCUAGGGAGGUAAAGUAA